UCUCUUUACUUUGAUCAGAUCAGUUUGAAAAUGAAUCCGGAUGUUUUUUCCCGGUAACGCAUCAGGAGUAGAAGAAGAAAAAAAAUUCACAUAUAGAUGAUGAGCUUUUUUCGUUACCGCUAUUUACAUGAUUAAAAAAUGGAAAUCGUUUUAUAUAUAUAUAGGUCUCGGCGGUAUAUGGGGUUCAAGAUCUUUAUCACAAACAGCAAUUGAACGUGAAGUUAAUUCACAAUUAACACAGAUUUUGGAUGGUUUUUUAUUUGUUCUUGGUCCUGAUGGUAAAAUAAUGUAUAUAUCUGAAACAGCAUCAACACAUUUAGGUUUAUCACAAGUUGAAUUAACAGGAAAUUCUAUAUAUGAAUAUAUACAUCCAAUUGAUCAUGAAGAAAUGGCCAAUGUAUUAACAGUACCAUUACCAACAUAUUGUACAAAUAAUAGUGAAUAUGAAAUUGAUCGUUCAUUUUUUAUACGUAUGAAAUGUGUUUUGGCUAAACGUAAUGCUGGUUUAACAGCAAGUGGUUUUAAAGUUAUACAUUGUUCAGGUUAUCUUAAAAUAAAACAAUUUAAUUUUGAUACAUUAUCAUGUUAUAAUUCAACAAAUAAUUUAAAUAGUACUGAAAAUUAUUAUCAAAAUAUUGGUCUUCUUGCAUAUGGAUAUUCAUUACCAAAUUCUUCAAUAACUGAAGUACGUCUUUAUUCUAAUAUGUUUAUGUUUCGUGCUGGACAAGAUUUAAAAUUAUUAUUUCUUGAUUCAAGAGUAUCACAAAUAACAGGAUAUGAACCACAAGAUUUAGUUGAUAGAAGUUUAUAUCAUUAUGUACAUACACAAGAUUUAAUGGCAUUAAGAUGGGCUCAUCAAAUUUUUUAA